UAAACUUCGUCGUAUUGUCGAGAUUUUCCUCCUUGUCACAACAGGUGUUCAUCAGGCUUUUGAAGCUGUCAUUUAAUAGGUGUUUUCUUGUAAGAUUGUGUCGAUUUAAAUGAUUUAUUUUGUCAAAUGACACAUCACAGACGUUGCAGCGAAAAGCCAUCGCGCCAACUGUCAGUGUCAAAAUCAAUGUUCAGAAAACGCUUUCACACUGUUUGCAUUACUUGCCAUCGGUUCAAGCGCGAAGUUAACCAAGCAUAUUUUAGCACGCGCUAGCAGACGAUCAAAACAUAAAGGUUCGCAAAGAUGGAGAGAGACUACUUGGCAGUAAGUAUCGCUAAAUUUGUUUAUAUUCAAUACACUGACCCAUAUCUAUGAAUAAAAUGUUUAGAUUUUAAUGCAAUACAAGUAUCUAUGCGUGUUUACUCAAUGUCUAAGGGCAGUAACUCGAACAAAGAUGAGGAGUGGAUCUAAGAACUGUCUGAUAUUUUGGUUUUAUCAUAAACAAACAGGAAUCAUAAAUAAACAAUUCAUUAACUUUUAAUUGACAUUCAGUCAUUAAGGUGCAUAUGGUAUUUAUUCACAGGACUCUCAAGAUGACCUAUUCGAAAACUCAGAAGUGGGGCCUCUCCCAAAUCUCUCAGAUUCUCCACAAUUAGCUCGAGUAGUUCCUGAAUCACCCCCUGCUCCUCCCACUGUUGACAUCCCUCCACAGGAUAAAAUUAUGGCAGUGUUGUCAGAAAUUUUGAAAGAACAGAAAAAGCUGACAGAGGAGGUUAACAAAUUGAGAGGAGAGGUCCAAAGGAUUAAGAACAAAGAAGCACUCUCAAUGACCAAAGUGUCAGUAGAAGGGUCAACUAUUGAGAAGGAGUAUAUAAAUUUCCUAAAAGCCAAAUUCAGCGUAUUUCUGUGGAUCAAUUUCCAAGAUCAAGAAAUACAGGGAAUGCUGAAGGACUUUACCAGUAAAGCAGGUUGGGCAGAAAGAAGUCAUGUCCUGGGGGUUUUGUCGAGCUUUGGCUCGACAAAAUUUACUUAUUACAGGAACCAGACAACAGCAAAGUUAAUGGGCAACAAGGAGAUUGAUGUGGAGGGACUUUCUUUAAAGUCCCUCCACAACUACCUGUGGAAGUGUUUUUUGCCACCAGCAAUUCCACUUGUGGACAUAGAGAGGGAACGCUUGACCUUAUUGCUGAGAUCUUUCUGCGCAUCACAGAAAUUGUUCCGUAAAGGAGGAACAAGUGGCUUUGCUUUCUGGGCUGAAUUCCAUAAGUUUGUGGACACCGUCAACAAGGAUGGUAGACUGGACAAGUGGGAGAAAUUGGAGGAAAAGAAGGAGAGAAGAAUUGAGAAAUAUUUAUCAUAACUUUUUAAAUUAAGAUUUUAUAAAUUCAAGUUAUUGUUUAUUGUAUAUUUGUGUAUUUCUUCUUUAAAAUCAUGUGCAGUUAUUGAUUUACUUGUUACUUUUAAAUAUGAUAUGUUUUUAUAUGUGUAUCAAAGGAACUGAAAUUUAGCACAAAAUAUAAGUAUCGACAAGUGCUAA